AUGACUAGAUUCUCCUACGAUAAGAAUUUGGUGAUUGAACCAGAUUCUUACAGUGAUGGAAUUCCAAUUUUUAAACCAACAAUGGAGCAGUUUGAAGAUUUUUACAAAUUCAAUAAAGCUAUCAAUAAGUAUGGUAUGCAGAGUGGAAUUGUCAAGAUCAUACCUCCAAAAGAGUGGAUAGAUCAAUCAAAGAAUAUAUACACAACUAAGAAUUUAAGUAACAUUGUAAUCAAAAAUCCAAUUAUCCAGAGCAUCAAUGGAUCUGCAAAUGGUAUUUUUACACAACAGAAUAUUGAAAAAGCUAGAACUUAUAAUAUAUUCCAAUGGAAAGAAUUGAGUAAGAAAUCUAAUUUCCAACCCCCCAUUACGAAACCUAAAGAAAAACCAAAACGUAAAUCCAAGAAAGAUAAGCAAAAUGACCCAAAUAGCUACAAUAUUGAUACAUCUGAAUUUACGACUGAAAGAUGUGAGCUUUUGGAGAAGACUUAUUGGAGAUCCUUGACUUAUGCUGAACCUAUGUAUGGUGCCGAUAUGCUUGGGUCAUUAUUUCCCAAGUCUUUGAAAUCUUGGAAUGUUGCCCAUUUACCUAAUUUGUUGGAUUUGAUGGAUGCCAAAUUACCUGGUGUGAAUGAUGCUUAUCUAUAUGCUGGCUUAUGGAAAGCAACAUUCGCUUGGCACCUUGAAGACCAAGAUUUAUAUUCUAUCAAUUAUAAUCAUUUUGGUGCUCCUAAGCAGUGGUAUUCAAUCCCACAAGACGAGUGUGAAAAGUUCUUCAAAUUAAUGAAAGAGACUUUCAGUGAUGAGUGGAAGAAUUGUAAUGAAUUCUUGAGACAUAAGACUUUCUUGGUAUCCCCACAAUACUUAUCAAAACAUGGUAUAAAGUGUAAUAAGGUCAUCCAUUACGAACAUGAAUUUAUAAUUACAUAUCCUUAUGGAUAUCAUGCAGGUUUUAAUUAUGGGUAUAAUUUAGCUGAAUCAGUCAACUUUGCUCUCGAUGAUUGGCUUCCUAUUGGCGAAAAAACAAGCAAAUGUGAGUGUAUUAGUGAUGCUGUUGCUAUUAAUGUAAAACAGAUUUAUUGUAAAUUCAAUAAUAUUCCUUACGAACCAGGUUUGAUUAAUGACGACAUCGAUGUUUUAACUGAAAGCGAAAUAGAAACAGAAAGUGAUACCAACUCAAGACCUUUAAGAGUCAUCAAGUCUCCUAAAUCCAAAUCUAAAAACGUCAAUAAAUUAUCUAAGGCACCAGAACUGCCUAAGAAUAACAAGCGAAAAUCAAGUCUUUCUAAAGAGAUAAAACCCAAGAAGUUGAGGUAUGACAAUGAGUGUUAUCUAUGUCCUAUAAAAAUUCCUGGUAUUUGGCUGCAACUUCCACAAUUCGAGUUGAAGGAAACAGACUUACCUGGGGUUAAAGUUCACAAUUUGUGUUCCAAAUUAUUUCCUUAUCAACUAAAACAACAAAAUUCCAAGGUCAUUGGAAUCGAUAAAAUUUCAAAGGCACAAAAGAAUUUGAAAUGCAAAGUUUGCAAGAAUAAAGAUCAGGGAGCGUGCUUUCAGUGUGCCCAUGAAAAAUGUACCAGGUCUUAUCAUGGGCCAUGUUCGCUUCAUGAUGGUGUUUACUUCAAAAUGAGUAAAAAUGAAGGAUACUGUUCAUUUCAUCAGAAGGAUUUGAAUAUUCCAAGAAUCGAUCCCUCCCAUUUAUCCAACAAUAGUAUGAUACAAUUUACACUUAAUCAGCAACGCUUCUUCGGGCAAUUGAUAAGCAACAACCAUGGAGAAUGUACCGUAGAUGUCAAAUUACCUAAUGAUGAUAUUAUGGAAGUGGAGUAUAAACAAAUUUUAAAUAACGAUAAAUUCUUCAAGAAUGAUGAAAUGAAAAGGGCUUUGAAACACAAGCCUGGUAAAAAAGCAUCAUCGUUCUCCUUACCGCAUCCCAUAGAAAAGGACAAGCCCAUCUUGUCUUACUCACGAUCUACUUCACCAAAAAUACACAAAUAUUUACAAGAAGACAUUAAUGAAGGGCCAACCGAUAGAGGUACUACUAUCGUCAAGAAUGAUAACUUCGUGAUUGAAAUGAGUGAUAAUUCAGGUACUUCCAACAUCCCAUCGUCGUUUUUCUCCCCUGUCCUCUCGCAGGGCCAAAUUGAAUUCGAUAACUUUCAACCUGAAAGAACCCUUUUGAUAUGA